ACCUGCUGCUCAGGUUCGGUUCUGUUCCGGUUCAGCUCCACAAGAUGAUCCAGCUGAAACUGUUCGGGCUCUGCGUCCUGUUCUGGUCCGGAACGGUUCUGGGCUGUGACUGGGACCAGUCCACGGACCCGAACCAGGCCCUGGACCCGAAGUCCCUGGAAGAUGGCGCGCGCUACUUGGACCAGAUGAGGGAGGUCUCGGACCCGGAGACCUGUCGGACUGCCUGCUGCGAGAACCCGGACUGCGACCUGGUUCUGGUCGGGUUCCCGGCGGACGGGGGUCGGCAGUGCAUGUUGGUGAGCUGCGGGGCGCACGGGCACGACGCGUGCACGCUGCAGCAGAGCACUCAGUUCCAGGUGUUCCGGAGGAAGGAGCAGCAGGUGGCCGGGGAGAAGCUGAAGGUGGUCCCGCUGAUGGAGUCCCAGGAGACCCGGAGCAACGAGACCAACAACGUUCUGUGCCGUCUCCCAAUGAAGGUUGGGAUGUGUCGGGCGGCGUUCCCAAGGUUCUUCUACAACGUGACGAGUCAGAGCUGCAGCAGGUUCCUGUACGGCGGCUGCGACGCCAACGCCAACAACUUCGAGUCUCAGGAGGAAUGUGAGGCCACCUGCAGUGGCGUUACAGGUUCGGUUCUGCCCGACGAGUCCACACCAGCUCCUCCUCAGUCCGUUGCCAAAGCUGCUCGAAUGGCUCCAGCAGAGCCUGCCCGCCUGAGCAAGACCGGUAAGUUCUCACUAACUCAUUUCUGA